GUAGAAUAGAAGAGAAAAAAAAAUAAAUUUUUUAGAAAAAGUUUAACCGCAGAGCUGUGAACAUUGCGUUUCGAUUGAAAAUUGUUUCGAUUAUAAUAAUUCUGAAAAUAAUACAUAAAAAAUAUUUAAAAAAUAAAUAAAAGCAAAAUAAUAAUAAAAAGAGUGAAAAAAAAUUUAAAAAAUUAAAAACGUGUAAAAUAUCGUGCGGAUUUAAUAAAAAAAAUCUAAUAUAAAAAACUUUUACCAAAAAAAAAAAAUUUUUUUUUGUGGAUUAUUUGGCAAAAAUUUUAAAACAUCAACUCUGUGAAAAUGUUCAGCUCAUUUACAGCAUCUUUGAAGAAUUUUGGUGAUAAGACCGCUAAUUUAUUCCAUCGUAAGAAGGAUGAUGCUGAAAAAUUGGCCCAACAAAAAGCUACUGAUGCACAAAAAAUGGCUGAAGAUCAAGCAAAUAAAGUAGGGCAAGCUAUAAAUCAAACUAAAUCUGAUGCUGAAAAUUUGGCUUCUAGCACAGCCCGUGAUGCCGCAUCUAUGGCAAAUGAAGAAGCUAAUAGAGCUGGUCAAGCAAUUAAUUCAUCAAUUAAUUCAGCUCAAUCAACAAUUAAUCAAACAAGAAAUCAAAUUGAUUCAACUGUUCAACAAGCGAAUGCUGCUGCAGCAAAUGCUAAGAAUAUUGCACAAAAUGUUGCUGAUUCAUCAAAACAAGCAGCUGCAAAUGCUGUAGAUCAAACGAAAAAAGCCGCUAACGAUGCUAUUAAUAAGAGUGUUAAAGCUGCUGAACAAGUUGCAGAUCAAAAAUUAAAAGAAGCCGAGCAUGCUAUUGAUCAUACUAUGAAACAAACAAGCCAAGCUGUUGAUCAAAAACUAAAUGAAGCUAAUAGAUAUGUCGAUACAAAACGUCAAGAAACUGAAAAAUCAAUUCAUGAUACAGCUGCUAAAGCUCAGGAAUCAGCUAAUAAUCAAGCAGCAAGCCUUUUAGGAAAACUUAAUCUUGGAAAAUAAACACACCAUUUUCUAAUUUACAUUAUAUACUUUUAAUAUUGUUUUAUAUAUUAUAUACAUUUUUUUUUAAAUUAUUAUUUAAGAUGAUUUUAAUUAAUUAAGAAAAAAAAAAACAAAA